CUAACAUGGACGAAAAUGACCUUUGAGUGUCCAACUUCAUCAAUGACCUUGUACGUGAUGUUUAAUUUCUGCCGCAUUACUCCCUUUCUAUUGAUAUUGGAUUCACAGAAAAAAGUAGCGCACUGGUUAAACUUCAAGGUCGAUGCAAUUUUGUUGUUUAGCAGAUGUUACGAUUACGAGUCCUAGUUUUGUCGACAUCCAGAUGUUCGAUUUCUGGGUACACGGGAAGACUGUUUCACAGGCCUGUUCGAUCUUGGCACAGUCACCUUCAGUAGAAGAGUUUCGUAUGACAAAUGAUAUGUUGGCUGCACAUGUCAGAGAUCACUUUGCACAGUUCACACUGUUAGAAAUGGGCUUGCGGCAUCCAGAUUCUUUUAUGCAAGACUGCGCAUACCAUCAACUUACACCAGAGACUCGCAAACAGCUGAUUCAUAUGUAUUAUUCUCUUGAUGAAAGUUUUCUACGUGAGCUUGUUGGUCGACGGUUGUCAAAUAAAUCUCGACGUGAAAUAGCUGAUAUUGCUGAAAAAUGUGAACUGCAAUUGAGAAGUUGUAAAAGACAAUUUGAUAAUUUGUCUUGUGUUGCUCGUCGGACUGAAGACUUACCUGGUCGACUAAUUGAUAAUAUAAAGAAUUGUUUCCUUUUACCAGAACGCCUUGCUGAAUGUUAUGCUGCUGUUAUAUUUAUUACAAGUAACAGAUUCGAAACGUCCAAAAAGAGCCUUUCAUAUCUUACAUUUGAGAAUUUAGCAUAUUGUGCAGGUCAAUUGAUGGCACAUUGGUCAGCUAGUGGUAAAGAUUCAAAAGGUGAAACACUUGUCGGUAUUGAUUUGGAUUUACAAUUUUUCCAUGAUUUAAAGGAAUUCAAACCAUUAAUAGAAAAGAAGGAAUAUUUAGAUAAACAUAAACAAUUUGUUAUUCGUAGUCUUACUGAACUUCAAGCAAGGAUUAUUUUAAUAAAUUUAGAACCAAACUUUAAACCUAUUUCAAAGGCAAUCAUAAAUCUAGCCUGUGGUCUAAGUCAUGCUCGAGAAAUGCGUGACUUUUUCUUAGAUAUCAAUGAAAAAAUAAUUGAACAAAUGCGUGCAUUGAAAUGGCCAUCAAAAGAAGUUCAACUGUUUUUUGAUGCUUAUCAUAAUACAGUUAAAGCUUUACCACCAGGAAGGUCACCUGCAUUUCUCAGCAUAUGGACACGUUUUAUUAUUCCAUUUUCUAACUGUGUAAUGCAUUUAUAUCAUAAUUGAACAGUGAGUGUUAUAUUUUAUAAUGGUGAUGGUCCUGUUGUAAAUAAUAACAUUCUAGUCAUGGUAGAUAGAUAGUUGUUCUAGUUUAAUACUUUUGAUGAAUUUUUGAUUUUAUGCAAAAUACUUUAUUCUCUGGUUUACUUAUUUACUUAUAUAUUCUUUUUA